AUGUCGCUCUUCCGAUCAGCUCUCCUCAGACCCUCAGUGACGCGCCUCUCACCAAGGCUCAUCAGUCAAACCAAGCGAAGCUACCAUGAAAAAGUCCUCGACCACUACAACAAUCCACGUAACGUCGGCACCCUUCCAAAAGGCGACGCUGAUGUCGGUAUCGGUCUCGUUGGUGCGCCUGCGUGUGGCGAUGUCAUGAAGCUUGCGAUUCGUGUGGAUGAUAGUGGCAAAAUCACCGAUGUCAAGUUCAAGACCUUUGGUUGUGGUUCAGCCAUCGCUUCGUCUUCGUACUUGACGGAACGUAUCAAGGGAUUGACGAUGGAUGAAGCAUCAAAGAUUAAAAAUACAGUCAUCGCAAAGGACCUUUGCUUGCCGCCCGUCAAGCUUCACUGUUCGAUGCUUGCAGAGGAGUCACUACAGCAUGCCAUCAAGGACUACCAGUCGAAGCGCGCUCAACGGCCACAAACUCUCGGUGCUUAA